GACAUUUUCAAGGUCAUCUUAGCGUCGCAAGAAAUCGUUCGUAAAUUUUAGUCUCACCGGUUACUGUUAGUUUUGUUAGACUUAAGUACCAAGUGUUUAAAGAAUGGUCAAGCUCUUACUCAUAAAGUAAACAAAACUCAAGUUCCUCAAUACUUUUUAAAGAAAUUAUAAUCUGUCAAAUUUUGAAUCGUCGAAAUGUCUGUACGGAGAAUUGCUUUUGUCGCCCUGAUAUAUAUGAGUUUUUCUAUUUCUAUCAUUUUUUCAAACAAAUUAGUUCUGACUACUUUCAAAUUUCCUUCAUAUCUGUUGCUGGCAUUAAUUCAAACUCUGUUUACUUUCAUACUAAUACAAACUCUAUGUUCAUAUCGCAUCCGAUCAGAUGAUUUCACAGAAGUUCCUAUUAAGAUUUUACCGCUGUCCAUUUUUUCUGCAGUUGACAUUGUUAUGGGCAUUGCCGGUACAGGAAGCCUCAGUUUACCUUUGUUUACAGCUUUGCGAAGGAUUUCUAAUGUUCUCAUUAUGGUUGGUGAAUAUCUUUUAUUAGGGACUAAAAGAAGUAUUCCUAUUUACUUGUCAGUCAUUGUUAUGGUUAUCGGAGCAGUAAUCGCCGCCAUUGGUGAUAUUACUUUUGACCCUAUUGGAUAUACAUAUAUUUUAAUUAACAAUAUUUCAACAACUGGGAAAGCACUUUUAACAAAAUCCAGACUUAGAGAUUAUGAUUUUUCAAGCGUUGAGCUGUUAUACUUUAAUUCAUUAUUAAUGCUGCCGAUUCUCUUCAUUUUGGUAUAUGUACAAUGUGACUUUACAGAGAUCAUUCAGUUUGAACAUUGGCUAGAUCCUCUAUUUUUAUUGUAUUUUAUGUUUUCCUGUUGUUCUGCUGUGGCAUUAAACUAUACUCUCGUUCAAUGUACUCAAUAUACUUCUGCAUUAACAACUAGCAUUUUAGGUGUCAUUAAAAAUAUAUUGGUGACCUAUGGUGGGAUGUUUGUUGGUGGUGACUAUGUGUAUACGACCCUAAAUUUCACUGGUCUUACUGUAAGUACUAUUGGAGCGGUCUUAUAUGUUGUUUACAACUACAAAUCCACACAAUCAAAAAGUUUACCAACAAAAUCGAGAACUUUAAUUGGUCCAUUGACCUAGUUUGGCUACUUCUGGUUGGCUCACUAUAUCAAUAUAUGUUCCGAAAUUUUUCAUUUACCUUACACUGUACACUAGUUCGUUUUUACGUAAACAUGCCUAGUAACUUUCCAUUUCACUUAAUACAAUUAAUAAUAAAUUUAUUAUGAAAAAGUGAUUUGUAAAGUUUUGUUCAAUAUGUAGGAAAGUUUUGAUCAUAAACUAAUAUUUGAAAAUUGAUCUAGCAGUACUUUGGCGAUCGUUUCGUCUUAAUAAUUAAUUCCCCAGCAGUACACAAUCUGCUAUUUUUGAAGAGAUCAUGAGUUCAUCUAAUCUGAGAACGGAACGAAGACUGUAACACAAUGGUUAAUAAGCUAGUUAUUCCAAUGCAUCCCAUUUCCGCUAACUAGAGAGAGAAGUUCAAUUACGGAAAAGGGAAUAUAUUCCACAAGCAGUCAGAAGCACGAACAACAACAAGCACAACGCAAGCGUAUAUAUACAACGUUAAAAUGUCUUUGGGAGGCGUUACAAAAUAGCAUACUAAAAAGUACAACGAACCAAUAGCGUUUAAGAUCAACCCAAGUGGAAAAUAUGACAUGAAGGUAAAAAUAAGCGCUUUAGGCGCGAAAAUAAGAGAUUAAAAUUUUAAAAAUAGAAUCACAAAAUAAGGUAUUUACCAAGUGAGUUCUGGAGAUCUAACACCACACAAUCAAACAAAAGAGUUCCCGAUAUUGCUGGUAGCACAAUACAAACCGAUCAUUGAGCUAAAGUCCAGCUGUUUACGUUUGCGACUUCAGUCAAUUUGCAAUAUGUUGGGACCAUUACCUCACUCGAUUGGUGGUUUUAUGCCUCAGCUCCGAUUCAGUUGACUCCACAGAUCACAGCUUGUUAGAGUUCAGUAGGUCACAUUAUAGCAAAGAAGAAUAGUAGAAAAUAAGCUGGACAUUGCUCGUCUGUUAGAAAUUUAGAGCUAGACAUUAGGUGUAUGUUUAUACACGUGCUGCUUUUUCCAAGUAGUCUGGUGUAAAAAUAAUUUUAAGACUUAAGAUCUUCAAGUUCAGUUAUUUUUCACAAAUAAAAGCAUGGUAAAUUGGUGAUCUAAACGUGAAUUUUGUUCGUACUGACCACAUACAAUUCAAACAUAAACAACGUGGUGAGCAGAGGUUAGUCUCAUUUAGUCAUAAAAAAUAUGAUCUGGAGUCGUGAACUACUACCCUUAAGGUUUGAUUAUAUAUUAAUUGCAUUUACAACCUCGAUUGAAGUGAUGCUCCCCAUGAGAUUCAAACUUCUUUCACUAGAACAGUUGCAGUUAAGCUGUUUGUAGAGCCGAGGUGCUUAGACACUAGGUGGUUACUUUGUAAUGAUCCGUGAUGCUCCUUGUUCUUGGUGUUGUUCUGCUUCUAUCUAUCCAGUUGGGUUGAAUGAUUCGUUCAAUGGUGCAAACCAGAAAACGUCAUUGUUCGCCGAAUAAUUAAACUUACCAUUUGUGAGUUUUAUGCAGUAUAUCAUAUAACAGUAGGUUCAUCAUAUGGUUAUUGAUAUAAUGC